ACAGAUUUUGCCACGGUUUGCCAGUCGUUUGCGCGAUCGCUUAGUUUCAGUUACGAAUUGUCUCUGAUACGCGAAGUUUGGCACGGUGCGCAAUCGCAACCGUUGUAGUUUUUUGUUGGUGUGAAGGAAGUGAAGCAAUUGCUAAAUCAUCUGGUUUUAUGUUUGUACACGGUCUGAAUAAUUUAUGCCGUCCGACUAUUCUGAAGCCAGUGUGAGCACCACAUAAACGUCAACGUCUCCAGCAGCAGCAACAGCAUACCAACAGCAACAACAGAUCACAGUUACGUGCAUAUUUAUAUAUCCGCCGCAGGUUUUCAACAUACUCUUACAUAUAACUGGCUUACACUGGUGCCAAGAGAUUAUAUCCAGCGAGUCAACUAUAUGUACGAGUAUAGAAAAGUAAACAUAAACCAAAAUUAACGAAAAUAUAUACAAUUAAGCAAAAAAUUAAAUAAAACGGACAACAUGGCAGCGGUAGAGGUGCGCAAUGGCUACAAAUACUAUGGCAGUAAAUCAAAGCCCAAAAUUAUACUCAACUACUUGAAUAUGAAUGUAAUGCGCGGUUCAAUAUAUGGCCUACUUGGUGCCUCAGGUUGCGGCAAAACUACACUACUCUCCUGUUUAGUCGGCCAGCGUCAGCUUAAUAGCGGUGAAGUCACAGUUCUAGGCAUGAAGCCGGGACAACCGGGCAGUGGUAUACCGGGUUCACGUAUUGGUUAUAUGCCACAGGAAAUCGCGCUGGUCGAUGAGAUGACAGUGAAAGAGACCAUAUUCUAUUUUGGACGUAUUUAUGGUUUGAAGGAAGAACAAAUUCGGGAAAAAUUCAAAAUAUUACGUUCACUAUUGCAGCUGCCGCCACCAAGACAACUGGUGAAGAAUUGUAGCGGUGGUCAGCAGCGACGGGUCUCAUUCGCAUGCGCCAUGAUACACGAACCAGAAUUACUAAUACUAGACGAACCGACAGUGGGUUUAGAUCCUAUGCUACGUGAGAAAAUAUGGGACUUUCUUGUGGACAGCACUAGGAAUAGCAAAAUGGCUGUGAUCAUUACUACACAUUAUAUAGAAGAGGCGAAGAAAGCCAAUUGCAUCGGCUUAAUGCGAAAUGGUGUGCUAUUGGCGGAAGAUACGCCAAUAAAUAUAAUGAUUAAAUUUGAAUGCAAUUCCAUUGAGGAUGCCUUUUUAAUAUUGAGUCAAAAACAAGGCGACUCGGAUGUUGUGCAGCCAAACACGAUCAACACCACCCAGCCGCCUGCAAUUAUGCAUUCUGUGGAAGUAAUUGACGCAACCUCGCCGGAACCCAACGACAUGUGCAAAAAACUACCGUUAGUCGAUGAAAAUGACAACAAAACACAAACAACCGAACAAGACGGUCAUUGUCGCGAGCAUGAAAACGAGAACAGAAAGCGAAUAUUUUUCACAACACGCGGCAGAAUAAAAGCUUUGAUGACAAAAAAUUUCGUGCAACUAUUCCGACAGCCAUCCGGAAUAAUAUUUAUGCUGCUCUUCCCGUUAAUCCAGCUCACGUGCUUUUAUUUGGCCAUUGGCAAGACGCCAACAAAUCUAAAACUCGGCAUCGUCAGUGACGAAGUAAACGAUUAUGCCACAUGCUUUGAUCGAAAUUUGAGGACUGUCUUUAAUCACAAUGACACAUGCGAAUUUCAAAAGAUAUCGUGUCGAUAUAUAAACGAGUUGGGUGAUGAUAUCGCUGAGAGAAUAUACUACCAAACAGAGGAAGAUGCUUAUAAUGCAGCUAAACGCACUGAGGUCUUGGGUUAUAUAAUGUUCCCCAGCAAUUUCUCUGAAUCAAUGAAAGCACGAAUGGAGGAUGGACGUUACACGGAGGACGGCGCAGUGGAAAAUUCGGCGCUCAGUGUUCACAUUGAUAUGACAGAUCAACAGAUCGGCUACUUUAUUGAGCGCAAAUUACGUGAUAGUUUUGGUUCUUUUGUGAAAAACGUGUUGGCUGAUUGCAAUCUACCAACUGCCUUGGCUAGCAUUCCCAUACGAUUUCACGAACCCGUUUAUGGUUCGGUUGAUAUAGAAUUUCAGCAAUAUGUGGCGCCUGGUGUUGUCAUGACUAUGGUGUUCUUUUUGGCUACUUUGAUGACUGCAGCCGUCUUCAUUUCGGAGCGCAUGGAUGGUGUGUGGGAUCGCACAUUGGUAGCUGGAGUAUCUGCCAUGGAAAUGUUGUGGGCGCAUCUACUCACACAACUCAUUAUAAUGGCGUUCCAAUCUUUUGAGGUUAUAAUGUAUAUUGGAUUGGUAUUUGACACUUACAACAAAGGCGAUACAGCAACACUAAUUGGCUUAUUGACAAUGACAGCGUUUUGUGGAAUGCUUUUCGGUUUGCUCAUAUCGGUGUAUUGUAAAUCGCAUACAGAAGCGAAUUUCGUGGCCACCGGCGCAUUUUAUCCAAUGAUAAUUCUGUGUGGACUACUAUGGCCACUGGAAGGCAUGCCGAAAUCUCUACAAGACAUUGUCCUAUUCUUUCCAUUCACGAUCCCAUCGAUAUCAGCUCGAAAUAUUAUAGAAAAAGGUUGGUCAAUCACAAAUUGGCAAGUGUACAAUGGCUUCAUAGUAAUGUCUGUAUGGAUAGUUAUAUUCUUUACACUCUGUAUGGUGGGCCUUAAACGUAAAGCUUAAGCCGAUCUGCGAUUUGGCGCCAAAGAAGAAGUUGUAGUAUUAAAUUUUACGUAUAUAAUGCAGGUGUAAUAUGUAUAUGUAUAUAUAUAAUUAAAUUAAAAAAUUAUACACUAAUUUUAGCAAAAAUGGCUUACCAUGAAACUCCCAACCGAUUUUUGCGUAUGCCAUAUGCUUGCAAAUUUUUAAAUAUCUGCAAAAACAUAAAUCGAUCAACUAAAUUAUGAUCACGCACAUACUCAUUUUCACCAUGAACAUAACACUUUUCUCCUUGUUAAAAGAAUUUAUAAUAAUUUUGUAGUAUGUAGUAGUAUACAAAGUAUGUGGUAGGGAUUGUAUGUACUAUAGACAUAAUCACAUAGAGUUAAAAACAUAUGUUUAUGUAUUUAUAUACUUAUGUAAGAAAAAAAGUGUAUAUACUAUUGGGAAUAAAAGAGUAAAUAUUUAAUAAAUAUGAUAUUGCAUAAAGUAAA